AUGGCCUCCGCGGAAGUUGUCAGCAAACUUGAGGCGGCGUUCGCCAAACUGCAGAACGCAAGCGACUGCCACUCGCUCCUCAAGAAGUACCUCACGAAGGAGGUGUUUGACCAGCUGAAGGGGAAGCAGACGAAAAUGGGCGCCACGCUCAUGGACGUCAUCCAGUCGGGCGUGGAGAACCUGGACUCUGGCAUUGGCGUGUACGCGCCCGACGCCGAGUCGUACACCGUGUUCGCCGCCCUCUUCGACCCGAUCAUCGAGGACUACCACAAGGGCUUCAAGCCAAGCGACAAGCAGCCCCCGAAGGACUUUGGUGAUCUCAACACGUUCAUUGACGUGGACCCUGACAAAAAAUACGUCAUCUCCACACGCGUGCGCUGCGGCCGGAGCCUUGAGGGCUACCCGUUCAAUCCCUGUCUCAAGAAGCAGCAGUAUGAGGAGAUGGAGUCGCGCGUGAAGGGCCAGCUGGAAAGCAUGUCGGGCGAGCUGCGGGGAAAGUACUACCCGCUGACCGGCAUGACGAAGGAGACACAGAAGCAGCUGAUUGACGACCAUUUCCUGUUCAAGGAGGGCGACCGCUUCCUGCAGGCGGCGCACGCCUGUGAGUUCUGGCCGACGGGACGUGGCAUCUACCACAACGACGCCAAGACCUACCUUGUGUGGGUGAAUGAGGAGGACCACCUGCGCAUCAUCUCGAUGCAGAAGGGCGGCAA